CUGGCCGGUCGGGAGGUGGAACGCUGGCUUUGGGCAAAAGGGCAGUGUCUGCUGGGGUGGUCGUGAUGCGCUGCGUGCCCUUUGUGGGGGGCUUGAGCAGAGGCCGGGGCUCGGGCGUGAUCCUUGGGGACGGCAGGAACGGCAGCUGAGAGAAGAUAGAGGCAGGUCAGUGGGAAACUUUUGUAGUGCACUCUCAGCGCUUGGAGCGUGGGGGCUCCGGGGGACAUCCCCCCACCAGGGGACACAGAGCAGGCCUAGGGAGGACAGUGAGGAGGUGGCCCUGGCUAGGGCGAAGGAAGGUGUGACCCAGCCGCUGCGUAGGCACACAUCCUCUCUAACCUGCUUUUUGUGUCCACCGAAGUCCUGGCUGCGCUGAUUAAUGGUUUUAUAAUUGGACUUAAAGUCUUCAGGAAUUCUGAAAGCUGUGAAGCUCCCCUGUAGUCCUCACUGGCUGUGGAGGGAGGUGCAGGGCACUGCAGCUGGCCUUCUCUCUGUCCCCACCCUGUGAUGCUGUCGCACCAGGACCCUGACAAAGGUUGGCAUGGUCAGAAACAGGUAGCGCUAGAUUUCCACAUGCAGGACUCCAGGGUCUGAGGACAGACACUCUGUCUGGUUUUGAAAUUCAGGUGACAAAUAUCCACACAUUAUUUCCCAAAGAAAUCUGCCAUAUAUAUAUAUACAAUUAUUAAAAUUACUGAUUCUGAAUUUUCUCACUGCCAGGGUUGGGUUGUAACACUCUUGAAAUCACUGUACCAAGGGCCACAAACAAUAACUGUUGCAGUAAGGAAUUGGUAUUGGUAUAUAAACCUGCUAAAGCAGGUUUACACCUCCAGUCUUAAAAAGCUCUGUUGCUAAUCUCUGAAAAUGAAAUAGUGCAGAAGUCUGGUCAGAAUGGCCACCUAUUCUCACACUUUAUUGUCCCUGACAGUAGCUUUUCUGGUAUUCUGCAUAAACCCUAUUUCUGCUGCUUCACUCACCCAGCAGAAGCUGUCACAUGUUGAGACACUCAGUGCCUCAAGUGCACAGAAGUCCUGACAGCAGUAUUUCUUUUUCACAUGUGUAUUACUUAGCAACACUAUCUAAGUGACCACACUGAACUCUUUUCAGUUGUGGUAGGCAGAGUUAUCUUAAGCCGUUUGGGACUUUGUUGUUGAGAAGCAGCAUCUUUCCAUCAAUUGCUGGACAUGAGUACCAGAGCUUGUGCAUGCUCAGGCUCUGCUUGAGAAAAUGUUCCCAGCCUGCCUGGACCAGUAGGGGAUGCAAGCCCUGAAGGGUUAUUUUGGCAGUUGUAGCAAAGGUGGAUGCUGUUUGACAGCAUGUGUGGCACUAGCUGAAAAGGAAUCCCUUUUAUAAGUGUGGCUUUUAACACACUGUGGGACAGCUGCUUUUGUUGAUCUAGAUCCAAAGCAAUUGAAGAAGCCAGUGUUUUACAGUGGAUGGGACUAUGCCAGAUCCUGCAAUAACCUUUUUAAGGGGCUCAAGGGCUUGACCAUCCAGGUAGAGCAGAUGCUGACCGUGGGGAGCAUCACAGUCUGUCUGGAGGUGAGCAGGCUGGGUCGUAGCCAGCAGCAACUCUGUUUCCAGGCAGACACUCUGAGUCUGGAGACUGGGACAGAGCCAGGCCUGGCAAGCCUGGGCUGGGCAUGAAGUUGCCUUGGAUAUUGGGCAGGUUUUUUAAGCACUGAUAGAAGAGAGAUCCAUGGUGAAUCUUCUGUCAUUAAUCUCUUCCAGAUCUCUAUGUCUCCACAGAUCUCCACGGGGAUACACAGCUAGGGUUAAUUGUAGACUAGGGAUUGUAGAUGAGGGAGAACAGGGUGAAAAUUCUCUUUGAUCCAUGGUCAAGGAAUGCAGAGGAAUGUAUGGUGGUUUGGUACUUUUUAAGGCACUUAUCUGAAGUGACAGGACUUUUCCCUGAGGCUCUUGCUUACAUGCUGUCCAUGUGUCAAGGCAAUUCUCUGCAGACAGCUGGCAGAGUGCAAAGUUUAGUAGUGUUGCCUGCAGCUGAGUCAGCAGAAGAGAAGUAUCUUGUUCCUGUAAAGUGCAAUGAUCCUGUAGGCAAAGCAGCACAUGACAGUCACAUCUGACUGUGCCAACGCCUCCCAAGUUCAGAGGGAUGAUAGGACAGCCUUGGAGCAGGUGGUGCCACCCAGGGAGCUGUGGGUGUCCUGGGGCCUCACUGGUCCAGCUGCUAGUCCUGUGCUUUGGGUCCCUGGCAGGAAUUGCAGCAGCCUUGGGCUGGAGCAUUUACUGAGUUGCUGCAGCAAGCUGUUUUCACUUUAAGUAGCAGCAUUUCUUUCGCUUCACAGGUAAAUCUGCAAGUGAAAAGCAGCAGAAGUGGCAGAAGAAAUCCUGCUACUGACUUAGGUUUGCAGUUAAUAGUCUCCAAGAAGUUCUUCAGGACAUCAAAAAAAAAAAAAAGCGGAUGGGCCAGAUCCUCAUGCCAUCAAUGUGCUUAGGGUGCAGAAAGAUCUGACCUGCUUCGCCUGUGUAGUGUGAUGAUGGAGUUCUCUGACACCACCAAGACUAAAAAGCAUCACUGUCCAUAAAGAUGCAGUGAGAGAUGUGUCGCUCAUGAGGUGCCCAGCCCAGCUGUCCGGACGUUGCAGAGGCUACUUCAGCAACAUCUCACCUGUCAGUUCUUUCUGGACGUGCUUGGCAAGAUGGAGCCGCCGACCUCCUCCAGGCUGAAUUCCCGAAAGAGAAGAAAAGAUGGAUCAGGCCCUAAUGGGGCAACAGAGCUGGAUGGAAUCCCUCCAAAAAUGUCCCGACGCUCACUAGGCCUGAGGGAACCAGCUCCAUUCUCAGAUGAAGUGGAGAUCGACUACAGCAAGCCAUACAUCAGAGUGACGUAUGAAGAAGCUGUGAGAGGCACCCCUUUGGAUCGCCCUGUCAGAGUUUAUGCCGAUGGAAUAUUUGACUUGUUCCACUCUGGACAUGCCCGGGCCUUGAUGCAAGCAAAGAACCUCUUCCCAAACACAUACCUCAUUGUUGGAGUCUGCAGUGAUGAGCUGACCCACAACUUCAAGGGUUUCACGGUAAUGAACGAAAACGAGCGCUACGAUGCUGUGCAGCACUGUCGCUAUGUGGACGAGGUGGUGAGAAAUGCACCCUGGACCCUCACACCCGAGUUCCUGGCAGAGCACAGGAUCGACUUUGUUGCACAUGAUGACAUCCCCUACUCUUCUGCUGGCAGUGAUGAUGUCUAUAAGCAUAUAAAAGAAGCAGGCAUGUUUGCACCGACCCAGAGGACUGAGGGCAUCUCCACGUCCGACAUCAUCACGCGCAUCGUGCGGGACUACGACGUCUAUGCCAGGCGGAACCUGCAGCGCGGCUACACGGCCAAGGAGCUCAACGUCAGCUUCAUAAACGAGAAAAAAUACCACCUCCAGGAACGUGUGGAUAAGGUGAAAAAAAGAGUGAAGGAUGUAGAGGAGAAGUCAAAGGAAUUUGUCCAGAAAGUGGAAGAGAAGAGUAUUGAUCUCAUUCAGAAGUGGGAAGAGAAAUCCCGGGAGUUCAUCGGCAAUUUCCUGGAGAUGUUUGGCCCAGAAGGCGCAUUGUGCUCAGUGUGCCACCAGUCUCCAGACAAGUUGUCCCAGGCUUGGGCAGCCCGUUUUCAGGGAGUUCUCACCAUUGCCAACGAGGUAAUGCCAGUUACAUUGUAGAGUGAAAAACUCCCCUGUCCAGUGAGCUGGCCUGUAAACUCCAGUUUGUGCCCUGCUGAGCUGCCAAGAGGAUGGUGGUCACUUUGUCAUUGGCCCAAGAUGAAUCUGAAACUACUUGUUGGUGCCAGGCUUUCCUGCACUGUUGGGUAAAUAUCACAGGCAUUUCAUGUUAGAAGUGCUUGAAAAUGUGUGGUAAUUUCACUGUGUGCAGUUUCCAAAGCCCAGAGUGAUGCUGGGGCUUAAAUAGAAUGAAGUUCUGAAGGGACACAACUCAAAAUGCUACACAGGCUGUAAGUAGUGUCCAUUUCCAUGACUGUGUAACCCCUGCUAACUGUCCUCCUGCUUCCCUCACCAGAAACACAUGCUGAAGGAGGGCAAGGGCCGGAUGCUGCAGGCUAUCAGCCCAAAGCAGAGUCCCAGCAGCAGCCCCACACACGACCGCUCCCCAUCUCCCACUUUCCGCUGGCCCUUCUCCACCAAGACUCCUCCUUCCUCACCU